UUUAGUUUGUAUGCCUUUUUCCCUGCCAGCCAAUAAAGCUGUGACUUUGAGUUUACACCUUGAGUCUGAGCGCCUGCAUAUUUUCCUACUCCUGCCCGCCACACAGCGUUUCAUGACAGCACCAUGGUUUACUCUUAACCUGCGCCAUCUCAAAGCUAAAGGACUGGAACGUCUGUUCAAGAAAACCGGACUUACCAUACACAAAGAAAUAUCUUGUUGUAUAAGGACUGCAUUGCUUCAGCCAAAUCUGCAUACUAUUCUGGUUUAAUCAGUUCUAGUGAAGGUCUUCUCUAGUGUAAUCCUGGCAGAACCGCUGAGGAUCCACAGAACGAAGCGCAAAGCGUGUAAGAAGAUCUUUAUAAAUGCACAUCAAGAAGAGGAGCUUUGCAUCUUUGUGUUGAAAUCAGUACUUGAGGAGUGGACAACAAAUAUUGGAAACAGAUCCCGCUGAUCAUUCCAAAGGUUUAUCAAUUUGAGUCUGUCACAACUAAAGCUGAAGACAAACUGUGUUACCUCAAACUCCUAUCCAACAAAAUAUGACAUAACAUGGGUCCCCUGCAAAUCACCAUGAAGCAGAGACUGGUAUCGUGAAGGCUUCACCCCUUUCACCGCUCCCAACCCUUACCAGCAGCUUUCGUUGCUUUCCUUUACCUGUAAACACACCUUUCUUUCCCAUUUCCCUCUACAUUCUCCUGAUUAUAGUUUGUUUUUUUCCCCAUUGAUUUAUAUUGGAAUAAUGCAGGGUGCUUCUACCACCUCCGCUUUCCUUCUUAUUCUUCCCUCCCUCCUAUUUUUCUCUUAUUUCCCUAACACGGCUAAUGGGGACUGCUGGCUCAUUGAGGGGGACAAAGGCUAUGUGUGGCUAGCUAUAUGUAGCCAGAAUCAGCCUCCAUAUGAGACUAUCCCCCAGCACAUCAACAACACAGUGCAUGACUUGAGAUUGAAUGAGAACAAGCUGAAAGCAGUGCUCUUCAGUUCCAUGUAUCGAUUUACCAACUUGACUGAUCUCAACCUCACCAAGAAUGAAAUCAACUACAUUGAGGAUGGAGCCUUUGCAGGACAGGCCAAUUUACAGGUUCUUCAGUUGGGUUACAACAAACUGACCAACUUGACUGAGGGUAUGCUGAGAGGGCUAGGCCGUAUGCAGUGCCUGUUCCUGCAGCACAACCUGAUUGAGGUUGUUGCCAGCAAUGCAUUCUGGGAGUGCCCGAGCCUGAGCAGCAUUGACCUGUCAUCCAACAAACUUGCCCGCAUUGACCCAUCCACUUUCACAGUUCUCAGUCGGCUUAUGGUUUGUGAACUGGCAGCAAAUCCAUUCCAUUGUGGCUGUGAUCUUUAUAGUUUUCUAACCUGGUUGGAGUUCUUCAACAAUGUCUCACAUACUUAUGACCGCCUCCUAUGCGAGACGCCGCGCGAGAUGUUUGGCUAUCCUUUACUGAGUCCUAUUGCGGCUGGACAUUCUGGUCGGAAUGCUAAAAACAUUUUGUACCACCACUGCCGAGACGGUGUAAUGAUCCCAGGAAUGACCUCUCUCCCACCAGAUUUGGAUGGUCCUUCUGGGAUCGGACCAGAGAUGUUUGGUGGUAUAGGUCCAUACCACCAGCCCACAACCUCUUCCUCAUCUACUGAAGACAGCUUCAGUCCCAGCAUAAAGCUCCAUCAUGUCUCUUUGUCAUCAGCAUCUCUCCUUGUGAAGAUUCCAAAGCCCUUCAGCAAAAUGUAUAUUCUAACACAAUACAACAACACAUUUGUGUCUGAUGUCAUGAAUUUGAAGAAUAAGAAGGAGAUGAUCACCCUAAACAAACUAAAACCACGCAGUAAUUACACCUUCUGUGUGGUAUCCAUCCGCAACUCUCAACGUUACAACCACACCUGCCUCCAGUUUUCCACUCGGGGGCAAAGUCAAGAUGAUAUGCUCCCCACACCUUCCACCACUACUCACUAUAUAAUGACUAUUGUGGGCUGCCUUUUUGGAAUGCUAAUCAUUUUAGGCCUCGUCUACUAUUGUCUUCGUAAAAAACGGAUGCAUGAUGAGAAGAGGAAGUCUAUCUGUGUCAAGAAAACUAUACUAGAAAUGCGCUAUGGACCAGAGGUGGCAGCAGCAGUAGCAAAUGAUCCAUCAGCAGUCCACAAACUCCAGGAACAGUCCAGAGAACAUCACCAGUAUCAGCACCACCAUGGAGGGAAACUUCCCAUGUCGACAUCCUCAAGCUCGGGAAUGCUCCACUCAGCCAACACUACUUCCUCAAGACUUUCUUCUAUCCCACAAGUGGAAAAGAUGGCCACUGCCUUUUCGGAGGCCAUGGCUACAAACAAAGGAAACUAUAUGGAUAUCAGAACUGGAGGGGCAGGGAUGGAGCGUAUGGGAGAUGGUAUGCAUGGAGUGAUGAGGGGAGAAGACUUGAGGGACGAUGAUGGAACUGAUAUUGGCGAUGACUCGGAUGAUGAUGGGCAUGGUUCUGCAUCUGAGAUCUCAACUAUUGCCAUGGAGGUGGACAAGGUUAAUCAGAUCAUUAACAAUUGCAUUGAUGCCCUGAAACUGGAUGCAGCUGCAGUUGCUGCUUCAGGGGCCUCUACAAACCCUACUUCCUCCAAUCCCACCUCCCCACCGCCCACCAGCACGUCCUCCCUAACACGUGGCCUAAUCCCACUCUCUCAAGGGAUGACAGAGACAUGCCAGGUCAUCGCUCCCAACAAAGUACCCCCUCCACCUCCACUCCCUGCCUUGAAUGCGCCUCUCUCUGAGCGCCCUGGAAUCAGUGGUGGGGGAUUUGUUGUCACUCCCCCCUACAGGCCCCCUCCUCCGGCCAACGCUGUACGUCCCAUUCAGCGGCAAAUGAGUGCAGAUGCAGCUGUCGUUAUUGUAAAUUCUGUCAAGAAACAGUGCAGUACCACAUCUUGUGGCUCUAUGGGUCGAGACAGGGAGCGCGGAGGAGCCAGGGUGUACAGCCUGGACGUCCCUGAGCCAAGGAGCCCAGAUGCCUGUAAUCAACAGCAGCAGCAGUACCCAGACCGGGCCAGUCCUGUGGGCUGUGGGGAGCCCCUGGAGAGACUCCCUUUAGUGGGAAGUGGGAGCUGUGGUGGAGGGAGUGGUGGUGGUUGCGACAGUGGUGGUGUUGGUGCCCAACAUCAGGACAACCAAAAAUCCCACCAUUACCAUCAGCAGCAACAGAUACAACAUCAACAGCAGCAGAAGCAGCAGCAGCAGCAGCAGCAGCUGGAGGUGCAGCAGGACUACCACUGCUCGGAGCACCGCCACUCUGUCCCCGCUCUCUACUAUGAAGGCUCCCACCAGGGUUCCCCAGCCCAAAGAGUUUCAUUCUUAAAGCCCCUGACACGGUCCCGCAGGGACGCAGCGUCUUACUCCCAGCUUUCGCCUGCCCGCCAUCAUUCCAGUUACUCAGGCUACUCCUCCAGCCCCGAGUACUGCUCAGAGAGCUCACUGCGGAUCUGGGAGCGUUUUCGUCCCUACAGGAAAGGCCCACGUGAUGAGUCCUGUUAUGUGACCGCUGGAAAUGCCCUUCGAAAAAAGGUGCAGUUUGCUAAAGGCGAGGACCUGCAUGACAUUCUUGAUUACUGGAAGGGUGUGUCAGCGCAGCAAAAGCUGUGACUGGGGGCCAGAGUUAAGCACUGGAGGAUAAAGAGUUCAGAUACUGCUUUUACUGAUGCACCCCUGGGUCAGAGAAAUCAGUUUUACUCCAUAGGGAGAAAAAUGUAGGACAAAAUUUUGCCUUUAGGUUUUUUUUUUCUCCUUUUGGCAUGCUAGGUGUAUAAAUAUUGCGCUAAGAGCAAGGACUGCAAAACUGUGCCUGGGAUCUGAGUCAUUACGGUCUAAUUUUUUUUUUUUUUUUUUUUUUUUACACAUCAUUGUAGCAACUUCUAUGGAUCAUUCUUAUUCAGUGUUUGUGGGUUUCAUUUAUAGUACAGGGAGCAAAUGCCAACUGUGUAAUUUAGUACUCUAUUUGAGUGAUCACAUUUUGUGAUGCAAAGGACCAUCUUUAUCAGUGCCAUGUUUUCAUCUGUGGGUUGUCACAGAGUAAAUGCUGAUACCCUUCAUUUUCUGCUUAGUGUGACCCGAGAUGUUUUGUGUUUUUUUUUUUUAUUGGGUGCUGCAUAAGUUUUUAGCAUUCCACCUGGGUUUGUUUAGACGUUCUAAGUAAUGGUGAAUCUGAUAGGGUGUGAUCUGUGCUGUGGUACAACUGACAACAUGCAGAUUAGUGAACAGAGAUGUCAAAUUCAGGCUCUGCCUUUAUUCUCUUAGAUCAUUCUUGGGGCGGAGAUAUUUGCAUUUCAAAAAGCAUCUGGGACACUAAAAAAAGGAAUACUUGUAAAGAAAUGAACAUAUGAAGAUAAAAUAUAGUGAAGUGGGUUCUAGGAAAAUCAUAGGAGAAAGAUAGACUGGGACAUUGGCCGGAAACAGUGCCAUGGAUGCAUCCAAAGGAGGGGUGGGGAAACGCCAGUCCUCAAGGGCCUGUGUCCGGCAGGUUGUGGAUGUGUCCUUGAUCCAACACAGCUGAUUUAAAUGGCUAAAUGACCUCCUUAACAUGUCUUGAAGUUCUCCAGAGGCCUGGUGAUGAACUAAUCAUUUGAUUUAGGGUGAUAUCUAAAACCUGCAGGACACCGGCCCAUGAGGCCUGGAGUUCCCCACCCCUGAUCUAAAGUGUGAAACGCAUCCUUCCAAAUAAAUCUUGCAUAGUUUAAUGAGUAAAGAACGUGUUCCCUAAAAUAUCCUCACUGACCUAAAUGGUACUUCGCUGAGCAAUGAUCUGAAUUAUGGUCUUAGUCUGAAGCAAUACAGAGGACACAUUAACAUUCCCUUAAAUACUACUUACCUGAUGGUGUAGGAUGUGGUGUACAAUAAGGGAACCCAACUAUGUAACACAUAGAUUGAUUAAAGUGAUAGAUAUCACUUUAAUCAUAUGGGUCACAAGACAUGUGACCCAUAUAUGGCAGAGGCCAAAAAAAGAAAUGAAGGGUUCAACCCAGGUUACAAAUCAUUUUCCGCAGCCACAGUGAAUGUAAGUAGAUUACAAGCAGGCAGGUUAUGGGGAAAUCUAUUUUCAUCAUUUAGUGUUAGCACGACCGUACAUUCCAAAUCCUUUCUCUUACAUUAAAACUGAAUGAGGCAGAGAGGGAAAGGACACUUCUAAUUACUGCCAAUGUGUCUGUUCUUUUCUGGGAAUUAAUGUUACUGUUGUAUAUAACUGAUAAUUAAAAAAAAAACAAAAAAACCCACAAAAAAAUCUUGUUACAGGCAUGUCUGCUUGCACUCUAUGCCUCAUGAUUGUGUGUGUGGCUGUGUGGUACACAGUGGUCAUUGUAAGCAGGUGUUGGCAUGCCUUGUUCGAUUAUAUUGUAUAUUCCCCAACUAAUUAAAAUUAAUAUCCGUCAAUAUUUCGCCCCAUGGCUGGUUGUCUGAGUCUGAACUAGAUUAUUAACGGCAUGUGUAAGUGUAGAGAUGUCAAACAUGUCCAGUGUAUCUUUCUCCCCUUCUUGCUAACUCAGCCAUCCCAUAACCUCUAAUCAUAAACACGAUUAUCGGGCCUUUUCUUGAAUUUUCUACUGAAAUGACUUGCUUGUAAUAAUGACACCUUUGUGGGACUCAAAAAGGCAUCCUGCUUACCUUAAGUGCUGUGUAACAGUUAAAUUUUCAUAUCAUCAGCUAACAUACACAAUCAGAGACAUAAUACCCUAAAAAUGUGAAAACUAAAUCAGCGGUUACCGCUCCAUAUCUUUGUUCACGGCUACCUUCACUAGGUUUUAAUGACAAGUUUACCGUCAGGUAUAUAUUUUCGUUCUUCUUACCCUCACUUGUAUAUUGCAAGUAGUGUUCGCUUGGUCCGCCUCCCACCACCUUCCCUGCUCCCACAGGUUGAAUGAGGUACACAGUAGGUGUGAUGUGAGCAGGGUACCCAACACGACCUGCUCUGUUUUAUUAAAUGAGGCUUGUUGCAGGCAGAACUUGGAGGAGGGGUACACCAUGUACCAACACUGCUUUUUUUCUGUUCUUUUUUCGAUUGUGAUGUUGAUUUUUAGCACUGGAUUGAUUCUAUUAAAAAAACUGCAGGUUGAACAGGAAUGAUAUGCAAAACAUAAUGUAUUUCCACACUGAUCUUUGUAUUUCCUUCUUCCUCUCUUUUCUUCUUGUUUAUCAAGAUGUUUGGAUAGAGUCAGAUUCAGAGGUCAUAAUCGUUGGAUCAGUGCAUAGCUGUGUGUGUCUGGGUCCACUGUAAUCUUUUAGCAAUCGGGGAUGCACCACCUCAUCUGCCUUGUUUUUACAAUGAAGCACCGUGUGAUGAACAUAUAAUACAGUCCUGAAAGUCUUUUCUGCUUUAUUCUAAGUAACAUGUUACUGUGACUGACUUAGUUUUACCAGUUUGUUUAUUUGUAUGUACUAAGAGUAUCUAAUCCUACAGAAGGAACUUGGUGCAUUCUUCAUCUGCCAUAACAAGUUUACAGAAAUAGACAGCAAGGUUAAGCAUAGCAACAUUUGUUAAGGAAUAUCAGGACGGUUAUCAUUUCAGUUGCCAUUUGUGUUAAUCUACCUGACAAAAUAACAUUUGGCAUUACUGUUCAGUGAAGAGGACCACUGUAGUUCUUAAUGUUAUGUGCAGGAAGUUGUAUUUGGUGAUAGGGCUAUGUGCUGGGUUUUCCAUGCCUUUCCACAUGAAUUCAUGAAAAGCUGGUGGCAGCAAGACCAGAGAACACGGCAGAACAGUACAGACAUCAAUUCUGGAAAGUCUGUGAGGUUGCAAAGCGGCUUGCAAGCAAGCUGAAUAGCUUCCCCGAUACGGCAAAACCCAAUCCGAUUUGCAUUUGGAUGUAUAAAAAGGCCUCAGCUGAGCAUUCAACUUAUGUGGCUUGGCACUGAAAACUAUAUAAGUAAUUUGAUUUUAUUAAUGUUGUCACUGACUUUUCCCCCUAUACAUUUUCUGUUUUAUUUAACACAUAUCAUCAGUGAUUUUCAGGAGAUAAACUUUCUGUUGUCAAGUGCUCUUCUGCUCAGUUUUGAAACAUUUGCUUAGAUCCGAGUUUUCCCUGCAUUUGAGAGAAGUGCCAACAUUUCUAAUGAUUUCUGAGCAGCGUCAGUAAACCUCAGAUGACUGUUGUUAUUAUUAUAGUUGAGCAGAGGUUUCCCAUUACUGUUAAUUUUAAGUUGUUGCCAAAAUACAAACUACAUUUUACCAAAAUCGAAAUUAAAACGCAUAAUUAAAACUAACAUUUAAAUUUGAAUUGUGAGACAGCCAAAUUUGGAAGCAGCUUUCAAAUAACACACAAAAAAACACAGCCACAGAUAAUAAAGAGCAUGAUUGUGAACAGAAGGUGAGCAACCAUUUUUGCCCUCUCAAAUAAACGUCUGCCGUCUACUUUUGUUUGAAACGCACCAGAUGGUGUUUUAAACUUAUAAGAUGCUUAACAAAUGGAUUAGAGCAACUGUCAUAAAAACGAGAAAACAAAUAUUUUAGAAAUCUGUCAAAAUUUGUUUGAAACUAAAAGUAUAUAUUGGUCUUUAUUUUGAGGCAGCACGCUGGGCUUCUCUGGGAAGUCACAAAUUGAUCAGGUGCACCAUCAACCACUAAAACUAUUUUUUCAUGUUCAGGAAAGUAAAGCAAUUUGGUGUGUCAAUAACAAAA